AUGCCUGAGUUCCAUGUUGUCGUUCGAGACUACCAAAUUACCUGCGGCUCCUCUAGGAAUGAUGAUAUAAGUCCAAUUCGAAUUCAAUCUCCACACCUUGAUCUUACAGGCGUGAAGCCUCCAUUCCUUGCCCGCGACAGUUCGUCAAAGGUCAUAUCUAUCCAAGACGUUUCGACCGUCCACGACACUAUUUGGGAACUGCCGUAUCGCAUCGAGGCCCAUGGCGUCAUAGUCAGGCCAGGAGAAGACAUUGUCCGACCUAUAUGGGCUUACUUGGACGAACUUGAGCUGGGACCAUCGCGUAUAGAGGUGGCUGACCUGAUCACUUUUGAGAAGUCGAAACCUUCGUGCACUGACGUGUGCUGGGUUCCACAGCUAGAGUCUGCUGACGGCCUCUUACUCACCCUUUUAGAAAGCGAUCUCGGUGGCGAAGAUGGAACUCUUCAUGCGGGUUCUCGAGAGCUCCGACAACAUGCCUCGGGAAAGUCGCGAAUAGGGGUCGUCAUCCAAGUCCGAGGGGAUCCUCAGCAAACCAGAAUAUCGCAUCGUUCUUCAGCAGAGAUACUUUCUCUUAGAAGGAUUGAUAAGACACAAAAGCUGACGCUUUUCGAAGACCAACUACAAGCUCUGAAGGGUUCAAAACGCGAGUCGCCUGCAUUCACGCCCUCGCCACCGCGAUACGCUCUCUCAGACCUAGCAAGAUUAGCUCACGGCAAUGUGGACCGAAUAAGGAACUUCGAUAUGCGUCCCAAGUUGGAUUGGUCGUUCCUAGAUGUCCCCGACAGUGACCUGGAGUCUUUAACGGACACGGGUGGCGAUGACGAGGCUACCUUACCUGGAGAUGACGACCAGCACGAUGUCAGUUUGACUUUAGAAAGGCCGUGUUGCACUUACGCAGCUCUCGCACCGACUCGGUUCAACUUGAGACCGCUGCACCGGCACAAUAGGGACGACGAUUGCCCCCUAGGGUUCAACCACCCCAGCCAUUGUAUCUUUGCCGACGAAUUCCCACAGGACUGCAUUAUACCCCAGGAAGGACAUGAGCACUGUUCAAACUUUAAGCCUGGCUCCAGCAUUCUGACCCCUGAGACCGGCGGUUCCGAUAGGCGACAUCUCGCGGAUUGCGCGGAGGUCACUGAAAAAUUGACUCUAGACCCCUGCAAUACCGACCAAGGCAGUGAUGCCGACAAUAAUCUCGAAGUGUUGGAGUGGGAGGAUAGCGGUUUUGGGCUGGAGGAAUGGAAGCUGAUCAUGGCGGGCUCAUCAGAUUAUCCCAUGCUCUCCCCUCCGCCACCACCUUUAUCUGAGGCCGAUGACACCCCCGAGGCCGCGUUCUUCACAGCGAACUCGACGGUAAUAGACAGCGUGGAGACACAAGAGCAUGGGAUGGCUGGCACCGAUGACCUCUGUGAGCCGGUCGUGCAUCUGGACGCCUUCCGAUCCACCCCUGCACUUCAAGACAUGGUUUUCUAA